CUGUGGAUGGCAGGUGGAGCUGUCAGGCCUAAUCCUGUUAUCCCUGUCCUUUAAUCCACAGGGAACACUUCAGACUUUAAUACUCACCUAUACAGUGCAAACCUACUUGUCUCUACAUAUAUACAAUAUGGUGGACAGUCUGCUGCUUGGUGUGGAGGGAAUCAAAAAAACUAUCUUGUAUGGAGGAACUAGUGAAAUUCCCAAAUUCAUCACAGGAUCCAAGGUGACUUUCCAUUUCCGAACCAUGCUGUGCAAUGACGAUCGUACAGUGCUGGAUGACAGUAAGAAGGUCGGGAUGCCCAUGGAGGUGGUGAUCGGGAACAUGUUCAGACUGGACGUAUGGGAGGCUCUGCUCAAGUCCAUGCGCAUAGGAGAAGUUGCAGAGUUCUGGUGUGACAUAAUCCACACUGGUCUGUACCCCAUGGUGGCAAAAAGUCUUCGGCGCAUUGCAGAGGGAAAAGAUCCAGUGGACUGGCACAUCCACACCUGUGGCAUGGCUAACAUGUUUGCGUUUCACACCCUGGGUUAUGACGAUCUGGAUGAGCUCCAGAAAGAACCACAGCCUCUCAUCUUUGUGCUUGAACUGCUAAAGGUUCAGCAGCCGAGUGAGUAUCACAGGGAGUCGUGGGCGAUGAGCGAUGAGGAGAGACUGAAGGCUGUUCCUGUGCUCCAUGGCCAAGGGAACAAACUGUACAAACAGGGUCGCUUUGAGGAGGCCACAAACAAGUACAAGGAGGCAAUCCUUUGCAUCAAGAAUGUUCAGUCAAAGGAGAAGGCCUGGGAGGUCCCCUGGCUAAAGCUUGAGAAGAUGGCCAACACUCUCACACUCAACUACUGCCAGUGUCUGCUGCGCAUGCAGGAGUAUUACGAGGUCAUUGAACACACUAGUGACAUCAUAAAUCAGCAUCCUGGGGUGAUGAAAGCUUUUUACUUGCGGGGAAAAGCACACAUGGAGGUGUGGAAUGAGGCCGAGGCCAGGGCUGACUUUCAGAGGGUGCUGGAUCUAGAUCCAAGUAUGAAAAAGUCAGUGAAGAAAGAGCUAACUGUUCUCAACAUGCGUAUGGAGGAGAAGAGAGAGGAGGACAGACAAAAAUACAAAGGCAUGUUCACAGCCACAGCAACAGGGCAAACAAUUCCAGGGCAAACACAGGAACAGAGGAAUACAGACCAAGAAACAGCAGAACAAUCAACUACUGAACAAGAACCUUCCAAGCAAGUGGCCCUGGAGCAAGCACCUACAGAACAAGAAACGGCAUUGAAGGAAACUGCAGAUAAAGACAAUCGGGAGCAGGAAACUGUGAUGCGAGAAACUCCAGAGGCAAACAAUCCAGAUGAGAAAACACUAGAGCAAGAAACUCUAGAGAAGGAAACUCUAGAGCAGGAAACUCCAGAGAAGAAAACAUUAGAGCAAGAAACUCUAGAGAAGGAAACUCUAGAGCAGGAAACUCCAGAGAAGAAAACAUUAGAGCAAGAAACUCUAGAGAAGGAAACUCUAGAGCAAGAGAUUUCAGAGAAUAAAACUCCAAUGUUAGCAACUUCAGAGCAGAACAUUCUAGAGAAAGAAACUCCAGAGAAGGAAACUAUAGAGCAAGAAACUCCAGAGCAAGUUACUCCUGAAAAGGGAACUGCAAGACAAGAAAAUGCACCAGAUUUAACCGCAACUGUUGAAGAAGCAACACCAGAACACUACAAAUAAUGACUCCUGUCAGUGAUGAAGACGCGUAAUGAAACAGACUGACAGCCGUUUGCUCAAUGUGAUCCCUGUUAUUGGAAUUUAUUUAUUAGGGCAUGAAAUGGGCAUAUUGCUUACUUUCAGGGGUGCUUAAAAUCUGAUAUUUGAUAUAAUACUAUGGCAUAAUAUUUAUUAGAUGAAUGAUUUUCCAUCAGGGUAAUUUUGGGUAAACCAUCAACCAUAUAAUGCCAGUAGAUCUGUGCUAUUGACAUGCAUUUCAAGCAGCAUGCUGCAAUAAAACACAUUUAGCAGACUCAUUGCCUUGAAAGAGUGGUCAUUCGCUACAAUGAUGUUUCAGUUGCUUUUUUAUGGUGUUGACUACCUGGCUUUUAAUGAUCAUUUUGCUAAAUGAAGAAAAACAAAUCAUAUUGUCAGUAUAGCUCACACACGCACUCGCCAUGGUAUCUCAAAGUCAAAGUCAACUUUAUUGUCAUUCUUUCUCAUCACAGACGUGUUGAGUGUUGAGUGAGAUACAAAAUGGGCACUAUGCUACAUUUAACAUGAAACAGCAGAAGAUAACACUGCAAAUACUCAG